ACAUCGGUGUAUCUAUUACCAGAUGGAAGGCACUGUUGAAAGACAAAUGUUUUCAAGGUGGCCCUUCCCGCUGGUCAUCUCCGCCUUGCGACUGCUGCUGUAAAGGUCACAAAGGAGAGGGCGAAGGUGAAAGUGGAACAUCCUUCAACGAGCUCUCCACCUCCAGCUCUGAGAGCCAUUCCGAGGCCAGCUCCCCGCAAGGUACCGUCAUCCGUGGCCCAGUGAGCCGGCAGACGCACGUGCAGACGUUGGACCGACCUCCCAAGAAAGGUCCCGUCCAACAUCUCCUCCAGCAGCAGCAGUCCGAGCAACGUCGCAAGAGUGACCUUCUGCGGACGCUCACCGCCAGUUCGCGGGACACCAGUACGUGCAAGAAGCGUCCGGCGAAAGAAAAGCUGACUGCGGAGGAGGAGCUGGAGAAGUGCAUCCAGGAUUUUCGCAAGAUUAAGAUCCCUGAGCACUUUCCGGAACGCAAGUACAUGUGGCAGGCCGACCUCCUGCGCAAGUAUCGUCUUUGAGGGACGGGGAGAACUUGCGAACUGUUUUCAAAACUAAAUCAUUGACAAUGUACAUGUUCAAACUAUCACUACCACUAUUGUUACUAUCACUAGCCUACUGCCUCUGACGAUAUAUUAGUUUUCAGUCUUGGUCGAUACCCAGGGUUAACAGUUCAUUCCCUCUGGAAAAUGCCAUUUUAAACCAGCGUGAACUGUUCCAAGCUGGUAUAUACUGCUUUGCUUGAGCAACCAUCAUAGCAGGUAUGUCUAGUUAAAUGGGUUGACCAGACUAGUAUUGCUGGUUGAACAAGUCAAGAAGCCUGUCAUGCCAGCAUCCCAACAUCUAAAACCCAACAUACUGUAUGCUGGUGACCAGCUCUUCUUCUGUUUUCAUUACUUGUAAACACACAUUUUUGUAGAGACGCGAGGUAUGCACGGCUACCCGUCCCUUCAGUUGCGCUCGAGCUAGCACAGGUGAACUCAAAUUUGUGCUCGGUUGUGUGUGUUACAAGUGAACUUUUGACAUCCCUAUGUUAGUGACACAGAGAUUGAGUUGAGGUGGCCCAGAGGUUGAACGAUGAAUGUGUAUCCAGCUCAUAAAUAAUGCAUGCGCUCCUCAUCGUGCCCUCUCUAAGAAUAGCCACUGCCCUGGCGGACGAGAGAGAGGGUUUCCAUUUCAACACUUGCAGAAGCACAGGAGACCACAAAGCCAAAUCCGCUUUCCCUUUUUGGAUUUUGCACGCUCCAUUUACGUACAAUCAGUGACCCCUUCAGGUCCCUCUAGAUAUAGUUGUGACGUCGCGGGCAGAAACCCGAUAGCAUCGCAUUAGGCCUUUGAAACUUGUUUCCUGAAACAUAUUGAUUAAAAUAUGAUAUUUCACAAGGGAAUGUGUGAUGGCUUACACUUGGGAGGAGAUCAAAGGUUGAGUACGGAAUGUUUGGGAACAGCAUUGUACAGGAAAAGAAAUACAAUACACUGAAGUAUACAAACACACAGUUUAUAGGGUUGUGCAAUGUCUGUGUAGAUGAUAUAAAUGAAUGGCUUCUGAUGAUAUGUUUACCAUGAAAACAAAGUAAUAUUUGCUGAUUCUGAUUAGGUACAUAGUUGAUAAUAAUUCAAAUGGUAAUUUAUGGUAUAUUGUGUGUAGUGGUUUAUGAAGGAUCUCGUUCAUAUCAGAAAUGAUGUCCUGUCAAUGUCAGACAAACCAAUAUCAAGCAGCUUAUGUAUAUUUUAUGUUAACUUUUUUAAAGCGGCAAUCUGUAACCCUUUUCAAAACAAAAAAGUGGGUAGGUUUUCGAAGGAAACGUCAGAUUGAUGUCAAUUGACUUCAACCCACGUAAUGAUAAGUACGUAAAGUAACCUGCUAUUUCAUGUUUCAAACAGAGAUGGCGAUAGAGAGGCAAAAGUUACCGAUUGCAGCUUUAAAUUUAAGUCUCGUUUUUGUUUUGUUUUUGGAAAGAAACAUGUCAUCACUUGCUGCUAUUGAAAUGUAUUUACUAUAAAACGUUUUAGUCAGACCUCAGUGCGGCCUGGCGUAAUAGCAUACUCUUAUAUUGUAAAAGAAGAAAAAUUAUCCUAUAAAUACUAUUUUAAGCAACUGAUGCCAAGUUCAGAUUACAAUGAAAGUGGGAAAACAUGAUCUGCCUCUUAAUCGUUCAUUUCCUGUUCUAUUAUGAUGUUUCCUACUUUCCUAAAUGUAAUAACUUCAGUUGCCUCUGGUGAACAGUCGGAACAUCACAUCAGUUUACCUGAAAAUCUCCAAACCAUCUAUAAUAUGAGGGCUGUUUUAAAGAUAUUAUUCAUUUAUUAUCAAAAAUGUGGCUAGACAUUCAAAGACGAUUAGCAUUUUGUUCAGUCUUGAAAAAUCUUUUGCUAAAGGUGAAAUGUGUAAUUGCUGUAAAAAUAAACUGAUUCAAAGUGCAUGGUGCCCAUACCUGUCCAUACUCCCGUUUCGGCCGGGAGCCUCCCAUUUUUCACACCCAUCUCCCGUUAUUUCUACCGUGAAACUCCUGUAUGUUAGUUAUUUCUCCCAAUAAACUCCCGAGGGGACCCACCAGGACGUGAACGUUGUGAACAGACCGACAGAGACCGUAAAGCGUUCGCAACCAGCCCCGGUAAUCCCCGGACCCCCUGUAGCGCGAUCGUAGGUCUGCCGGAUUUUGGUACCCAAAUGUUGUAUGUGGUCCCUCAACUCCGGCUGUCAUUGGCUGGUCAAACAGAAAGCCCCGCCCCAUAUUUGCGCCAUUUUUUGACGCGAUGUUGGUCUGUCAAUCAAUAAAAGUUAAAUAACGUUAAAGUGCAAAGUUUAUACUUUUAGGGAAAAACAACUUAAUGAAUUACCUGAUUUAUAAGGAACAUGUGGUGGUGAUUUUGUAUGAAUUUGUCCCGUGUGAGUCUUACAAAAAUUGUUAGAUUAUUAGAAAAACGAACAUGAAGGUCCACCCUUAACACACAACCACUGGGGCGAAAGCAGAUUUUCAAAUGUGCAAAAGUGCAAAAUAGUUAUGAAUUGUAAUGAGAUUGUUACGGCUGAUUCCAAAUGUUACACUAGGUGAUAAUAUUUAAACAUUAGAACAAUGAGUCACUUUGUCCAAGUAAAAGUCACAUUUUCAGAAAACCUCAAUAGACUUGCAGUGACAUUUCAAGCAUUUUAUUUAUUUUCUAGAGCCUCUGAUAAUAGCAUGAAUGUGCUAAUGUAAAAGGAGAAAAUGAGGAUAUUCCUGUGAAGUAGUAAUUCACCAGAUGAACACUAGCAAUACGUUUAAAGCUAAUUGUGAAGAUAAAACCAAAGGUCAGGUACAGUUAGAUGGGUAAUGAUGGGCCUUUUACAAAGAAUCCUUUUGAAUUAGAAUAUAAAUGAAUAUACUGUGAGCGCUAGUCAAAUUCUGGCCUCCAGCCCCUCAUCAUGAGCUCUACUUACUGGAAAAAAAAUAAUAUUACAUGAUUGCAGACAGAGACAAUGGCACGUAUAAUAUGAUAUAUUAUUUAUCAUCUCGAUACUUUAAGGACUUUAUUUAUUAGUUCUUGCACAUUUCCAAACACAGGCCAUAGUAGUGUCAAAUAAUAGCAUUACAAAUCACUUGUAAAUAACAUAAAAUAAAAUAGUCUUUUUUAAUAAUUGCACUUCUGUAAUUACGGAGAAAGACGAACGAAAUAUUAAUGCAGUGUUUUUAUCAUACUUAUGUAAUAAAGUAUCAUAAAGUAACAGAAGGGAAAGAGACCUCAUUGUGAAAAUGUUGUUUGUCAUACAUGAGCACAACUCACCUAAAGCACAUAUUCGUAAUCACAUAAACUUCAGCCAAUUGAUUGACAGCCAGAAGUUUUGGUUGCAUUGAUGCAGUGCUGUGCAGGCACAACACAUUGGUCACGAUCAUGUGAUCUGGGUAUUUUCUCCUUUUAUUCAAUACAAAUAUAACUACUAUACCCCCCCAUAAAAACUUAUAAUCUUUAACUUAGAAUUUUAAUUAAACCAAAAACAAAUUCUGUUAUACAAUGCUGGAACAUCAAUACUUUUGGUUGAUGGUCUUAUUUUUCUGAUGUUUGAUAACAUCAAAUUUAUGAUAAAUGUCUAUAUUUCAUAUUAUUUCAUAUAUUUAAAUGUCUAUUUGAUGAUGAAUCCAAAUGUCCAGCAUAUUAUCAUUUGUUCACAUAAACAAGCUGUCAUACACUUUUAAAAAUAAAGGUGCUAAAAUGUUCUUCACAGCGAUGCCAUAGAAGAACCAUUUUUGGUUCCACAAAGAACCAUUCAGUCAAAGGCUCUUUAAAGAACCAUCUCUUCCUUACGUUUUAUAAUCUGAAGAACCUUUUUUCGCCACAAAGAACCUUUUGUGAAACAGAAAGGUUCUUCAGAUGUUAAAGGUUCUUUACGGAACCGGAAAGGUUCUUCUAUGGCAUCAAAGAACCUUUUGAAGCACCUUUUUUUAAAAGCGCAGAUAGCGUUGGACUUCUGUGCACAGAGUACACGUUUACAACAAAUAUACAACUCUCAGCAGGUUCACAUCUGCACAUUUUUCAAUAUUCUGCAGUAAUCUUUGUUCCUCAAUGUUCUGUCAGUAUAAUAAUGAGGAAAUGGCCACUAUCAUGUUUUCUUAAAUGAUCAUGUCUCUGUAAGAUUGUGCAAUUGUGUCUCCGUCUUAUUCUAAGAGAAUUACAAAAAAUGGAUCAGCAUCUAAUCCAUAUUGAGCUUUCCAUUGAGAUCACAGUGUUACGCUAUCACUUCUGAGUUUGAUUUAACAUAAAACAUGUUCAAGGGUUAUUUUUAAACUCAUGGCUUAUUAGUGUAUAUAUUAUUUUCUACCGAACUAGUGCCGUCAUUUUAAAUAAUUAUCUAAAUAAAUUGCAAGUAUUCAUAAAUUUCCACAGAUGGUAAGAAUUAUAUUAUUUGCCUCCAGCUUUCAGUGCAAACUACAAGAAAACACAACAAGCCAGGAUAAGAAACAAAACAAGCCCUUGGUGUAAAAAUGCCCAGGAAAUAAAAAUGUGGGGAUAAAAUGUUACUGUAGUCAAUUCCUGUAGUCGAUGUUUGAUUUAUUUUAUUCAAUUCCAAACCUUCCCUGACAUAAACCGGGACUUAAUAAAAAACACAUCACUCUAUGAUGCCACACAGUUUUGUUUUUCCACAUGCAUUAAAUAGACUUCAAAAAUAUUAUAUACAAAAACCUCAAAAGUGUGUAUGUAGUUUCUAUUGAGACUUUGUUUUUUGUGAACUAUGAGAAAUAAAUGAUGCAUUAAAAAUACACUGUAAAUAGUCUUCAGAUUGAAAUGAAAGAUUAUUUAUCAUUGUGCCCAUUAAGGAAUGUGUGGAGUAUGUGAACAUCUUAUUUAUUGCAAAGUUCUAUUUAUCAUGGUUUGUUUUCUUUGUAUUUUCACAAGCACACUGAGCUUUGAAUGACAGUACAAGGCUUUGAAUGCUAGAUUGUAUGUGUCUCAUUCCGAACGAAGAAAAUUCUCUAGACAUUUGGCUCACUUGUUCAUGACAAUACAGUGACUUGCAUGUAAAUUGUUAUGUCAAGUCAGCGUAUAGCAUAAAUACCGGUUUCAAAGUCAGAAAGUAAAGCUGAAUACACUAUACAGAGCAACUUUUUGAAAAUAGGACAGCAAGAAGAGACGCCUGGCGAGGAGUCCGAUAGUGCUUUCUUAGAUGCACAAAUCCUGUUAAAAUGUUGCCUGGUGUAUUAACAGCAACGUCCCCUUGUUCUGUCUUUUUUUAACCCCUAUAAAACUACAGAGGACAGGCGGAACCAUACUUGUAAAAAACAAGAAUAGCAGACUUGCAUUAAUAUGCUAAUUUAAAAAGUACCACAAAUAAACAAACAAACAGGAUGUUGUCUGGUGUUGUUCUGAUCAAGGUCGAGAUCAUUGUGCGCAUGCCGGUGUAAGAAAUAUUGCAAACUCUUUGUCUGUUUUUGUGACUAUGUUAAAACAAUUAGAAGUACCAAAAAUACAGGGAAAAAAGGAAAAGCACAAAGUUUGGGUUGUGUUUGCUAUUGUUUUGCCACAAAUGUAUACUGUUACGUAUAAAAGACAGAGCAACUCCAUCUGAGAUGUCUUUAGAUACAAGCAUCAGAGACUGCAAAAUGUAUGAGAACAUGAAAUAAAGUUCUAUAUA